AUGCACUUCAGUCUAACGUCUUUGUUUCCUGGUCUGGCCUCCAGCUUCAGCUCCAAGCGCCCUCAGGACAGCCCUCAGACCAAGCUUCGCAAGACACCGCCUGCGCCGAGCAUCGUAAACGAUCUCAAAACCCGCGAUCGUUCCAGCAAGCGGAAUGGUGAUCUACCCACAGUACUAUCCAUCGCUUACGAAAAGUUCCGCGAUCGAUUUGCGCGCCAUCGUAGAAGCCAAGUAUCACAGCGAGCAGAUGUGUCGCACAAAGCCGUUGCUUCACAAACAGCCGCGCGUUUGUUACCAAGCCUCAACGUUAUCUCUGGUAUCUGCACCAUCAUCGAAACGCUGCCCGAGCUACCUCAGCGGUUGCUUACGCCCGAAAUUACGACGGAUAGUGGAGAAGGUUGGCUCAAAGUAGUUGAGCGUGCCUGCGACAAUGACAACUCCGCAAUCCUCGCCCUCAUCCAGCGCGAAAAUGCUGUCUCGCCCAGCGGUGCCAACUCUGACGAGGAGGUUGAAGACUAUAAAUCAUCCACGCCUAAGUCGGACGGUUCGGUAACCUCUUCUUUAACAAGCGCGUGCUCUGAUGGCGAAGCGCUUGAUCGCGCGGACUGGGAACCACUCCGUGCGCUUGACCAUUCGAACUUCCAGAAAACCCUUUGGCAACAUCUCAACCCCUCCUCCGAGUACUGCGAAGACGACUAUCUUUUCUGCGGCGAAUAUGAGGGUGGCUACAACUUCGUCCGGAUAUACCGGGUUAUCAACAGCCCUGACGACGGCGAAUACGUGGUCAAGAUUCCUUGCAUCGGCACUGCUGCUCGCUGGCAGAAGCAGGAUGCGUAUAUGCUUCGUUCGGAGUUUGGUACUAUUGAGUUUAUUGGCGAGCGCACCAAGUGUCCCGUCCCUGAAGUCGUGGCCUAUGACGACAAGCUGGAUAACACGCUAGGUGCGCCUUACAUCUUGAUGAAGGCCUGCACAGGCAGAUCCGCCUCUGAAGUCUGGCACGACGCUCACCCCAUUCAUAAAGACUGGGAUCGGGACACAGUCGACUUUCCUUCCGCGGAACUGGCGGCGAAACGUUCGCGCAUGCUUCGUUCGCUAGCUCAGGCCAUGGCUGAGCUGCGCCAUCUUGAGUUUGAUAAAAUCGGCGCGCUGUGCUUUGACAAUGUUGACGCAAACGGAAAGCCUACCGUUGGUUCGCUCUGGGAAUGGAAUAUCGACCCAGAACUGAUAUCGGAAGACAUGGCCAUUGAAAAGGCUCUUACUGAGAAGCCAGUGUACGACUCAGGCCUGGAGCUCUACACGGAUGGUCUGCUUGAUGUCUGGCCGUUCGAGGGACAUGAAGGAAGGCCCGGCGUCAUCCAUGGAGUCCUGGAUGCAUUGUUUCGAAGCGACGCUUUCGCGAAAUCUGUCAAGCCCGGGGAUAGUGAGGAGACCUUCGUACUCCGUCACGACGACCUCAACCUCCAGAAUGUCUUCUGCGAUCCCGAAACAGGCGAGGUGACCGGUAUCAUCGACUGGGAGCGCGCUUCCACCGCCCCACGCUCUCUCGGCUACACGUCCCUUCCAAAGUUCUUGACGUUAGACUGGAUGCCAGGGUACGAAGUGCUUGAUGCGCCGCACUCUCCUUUGUCGCUACAAAUGUACCGCGAGAUCUACGCCGACGCAAUGGUUGAGGCCACGGGAGUAGACGGUGACGGCAUGUAUACGUCCAAGUCUGCGAUGUAUCAGGCGGCGCACGCAGCAUUGUUUGGUAGUAGUGAAGGUGGCGAUAUUCGUGACUUCGUCCAAAAGCUGUUGCAUGAGGUACCUGGACUGCACCACACGGACCUUGAUUUGUAUCUGACUUGGCUCGGCGAACACUGGGAGGCGGUUGGUAGCUCUGUUAAGGAGGCUAUACGGAAAGUUGCGAAGCCGUAG